UUUUUUAAAGGGAAACUAAGGUCAAAAAAAAAUGUUGUUAAAAAAAAAUUAAGAACGUUGUAUAACAUCUAAAUAAACUAUUGAAAAAAAAUUAACUCUUAAUUUUCAUUAUUUAGGCUGUUUUAGCCCAUUAAAGUUCUAAGGUUUUCUGAAAUUAACCGUGUACUCCAUUCACGGUUCCUCGUGAACCAUACAGAAUUAUGACGUAUGAGCCGCGAGACUCAAAAUCACUUAGUCAUGGAUAGCAGCGAAGAAAGUAGUUGUGCUAGUGAACAUAGCGAAGUAUAUAGUUCUGAAACAGAUGAAAGUAUUUGCAAAGGGUGUUAUGAUAACGAACCUGAAUAUACUGAAAGUCAGUUGAAAAACAUUUGUUCAUCAAAAACUGCGAAUGAUAUUUCAGACGACGACGAAGAUGAGGAUUUAGACUCAAGCAGGUUAGAAAACUUACAUUGGUGUAAGUGUAAAAAAUGUGAUAUACACGAGUUAAUGACUGUUGAAGAAUGCAAUUUUUUUUUGGAGUUUACAACUUUACUGGGAGAAAAGCUGGAAGAGAAUACAUGUAUUACCUUGCAUAAAGAUUUUAAUAUUCUUUGUUUAAAUCGCACCGUAUUAGAGACAGCAAGCAUUAGACAUCGCAGAUAUCAAAAUAAUUUCAAGGAUAUAAAAUCUUUUCAAAACAAACAACUACGCUUUUCAGCAUACAGACAAUAUACGGCCUGGGUGCAUUACUAUGAAACACUGGGAAAAGGAUGUAGAGUUGUUAUACCGGCAUGCGUUGUGAAAAAAAUUCGUGAAAGUUUCCCAGAAAAAGAUGGAAAAUAUACAGGAUUUAAAGCUUUUGUAGAUUUGUAAAAUCUGUAAUUUUAGUUUACGUAUACACUUUUUAUUAUAAGAACAAUGAGGUUGAACGAGUGAAAAAAAUAGGAACA